AUGAUGGAGAAAGAAAUUGAAGAUAAAUUAAAAGGACGGAAUUUUCUAUAUAGGAAUAUAAAAUUAGGGGAAGAUAAGAGUGAAAUAAAGAAAAUAGAAAAAAUAAAAAUGGAUUUACUAAAUAUGAGUGAUCAGGAAGUGGAGUACUUUUUAAUUGAUAUAUAUCCAUUAAUGAAAAAAUAUAUACUAAAUCCUAUGACAUUAGAUUAUUAUAGUAACACACAUGUAUUUCGUAAAAAUAUAUUAACAGUUUUUUAUUCAUUAAUAUAUAAAUUAAAUAAAAUAAAAUAUAUCAUUGAAAUUUUUGAUAUGUGCUUAAAUUCGUUUAGAAAUGAGAGCGAAGAGUGUGGUAUUAUUUGUAUAAAAAUCAUGACGGAAAUAUGCGUAUUGCAUAAAAAUGAUUUAAUAUCAUUUGAUAUUUAUAAAUAUAUAAAUAUUGUGUCUAAUAAUAUUUUUAAAAAAUUUUAUAAUAAAAUAAUUAAUAAAGUAAAAAGGGGAAAGCUUUUAAAAUCAGAAAUUAAUAUAUACAAAAAAACCAAAUGUCUUCCCCUAAAUAAUAAAAACUACAUACAAAGUACUAAAGACUCAUUAAAAUUUGUUAGAGAAUUAGUUUUGUCAAAUUAUAUUAUAAUAAAGUUAUAUCCGAAGUUAUUAAAUAAUAACGAAAAUUACAUAAAAGCAUUAUGUAAAAUACUUUCAGUUAUUAACAUUUUUGAUUUUAAAUGCUAUAAUAAUUUUUUUAUAGAAGACAUUAAAUAUUCAAAAAAAACGAUUUUAAAAACUGUUUAUUAUUAUCAUUUUUCAAAUUCCAGUCCAUCAUUAUAUGGAAAAUUGGGCAUUGAAAAAGACAAUCAUGAAAAAUUAAAAUUUUGUCAAAAUAAUAACAUAGAAGAACUUUAUAAGAUUUAUUCUGUAAAAAGUAAUAUAUUUAAUGCAAAUUUCAAUAAUAAACAUAACAUAAAUUAUAGGGGCAUUUCAUCAAAUUGUAUCAUCGGUAAUGAACAUAAUAAUGUGAGAAUAUCACAUAAUGAAGAUAUAUUAAUGAAUAAUUUAAAAACUAUGAAAAAGGAAUUUUAUAAAAAUGUGAAAUACAGCAAUUAUUAUAUUGAUAUGUGUAAGGUUAAUGAUCUAUUGAAUUUAAAAAAUAGUGUUAUUCAUAUUUUAUGUAAUUUAUUAAAGUUAGAUUGUAAUAAUAUGUAUUUUGAAUAUAAAGAAUUUUUGGUUCAAAAAAUUAUACAAUCUUUAAAAUAUGAUACACAUUAUACUAUUGAAAGAAAGAAAGUUUUUAUUGAAAAUAUUACAUUGCUUUUACAUAAAAAUUUUGAUGAAACAUUGAAAUAUUACAUAGAUUUUUUGAUUGAUCCCAAAACAUACAUGACAUACUUAACAAAUAAUGAUAGACAUUUAUCAGUAUUUGUAUUUAUGAGGAUUCAUGAUAUAUUUUUAUAUUUUAAAAAUAAAAAUGUUUGGAAUUAUAGUAUAAUAAAAAGCUGUAUAUCUAAUUAUUCCGUUUUUAUAAUGAAUAGUAAUAAUAUUAUUUUCAUUCAGACUAUUUGCUUAAUAUUGUUACAUCACAUAGCUGAAAUAGUGCUUAAAAUUAAGAAAAGAAAUUAUAGGUAUUUUUCCUUCUAUUAUGACAUCUUAAAUAUAUUGUUACAUAAAAGUAAUUCACUAAAAUAUGAAUUAUAUAAUUUAUACAAGAAAUUUUUUAAUGUUGCUUAUAACGAUGUCUUAUUUUUUAAAAAUAAAAGGAAAAAAUGGAAAACACUACGUCAUCAAAAUGCAAUUGUACAUGAUUCAGAUAAUGUGAGUGUGCCUCUACAAAGAGUUUUUAUAAGAAAGAUGAAUAAUAAAAAGGCACUUAAUAUUAAUAAUAUAAAUAUUACAGAUUUUAUGAAUAAUUAUUGUAAUCGGAAAAAUGGGAAAAAAAGAAAAAUAAGGAAUUUAUUAUAUGAUGAAGAUUAUUGUAAAAUUGAGGGGUAUGAAGAGAGUGUUAUGGAAAUAAUAAUAGAUUAUAAAUAUUUAUUAUACUCAAUUUAUUCAUGUAUAAGAAGUGAUAUAUAUUACAUUUAUUUGUAUUUUAAUAAAGAUAUAAUAAAGGUGAACCAAAUAAUAGAAAAUAAUUAUUGUGGCAAAUUUUCAUCAUUGUGCAAUAAUACUACUUUAAGUAAAAACAAAAUAUUUGAAUCAUUGAAUAACAAGUUUGAAGAUUCCUUAACAAAAAAUAAUGUAAAUGUAAAAAUAGGCAUAGAUUGUAAUAAUUUGAAUAAUGAUAAUAAAGACAGUCAUAAUAUCAAUUUAAAAAAUAAUUUAAUUAGUGGCAAUCGAGUCGAUGAAAGUAAUAAUGUGCAUAAUAAUAUAAACAAUUGGUAUCAUUGCAUAAAUUUAAACCCUUUUGCUAAUAGUGACAAUUUUGUUUUAAAUAAUUAUAAGAAUGUUGGUAAAGACAAUGAAAUGGUUCGUAAUUUGUGUUUAACGAAUCAAGAAUGUUAUAACUCACAAAACAAUUGUUUAGGCAUCCAUGAAAUUGAAAAUUGUUUAUAUAGUUACAUAUAUGAUUAUAAUAGUAAAAAUAAUAAAAAGUUGGACAGUUUAAUAUAUAACGGAAAAAAUAAUAAAAUGGAUAAUUCAAAGUGUUUAUAUGAUUCCAAAAUAAUUAAUACUGUGAACGAUGUGAUAGUCGAUGACAUAUACAUUCGAAAAAAUAAUCAAAAGCCUAAUAGUGAUACGGGGCAUAAAGAAAAUAAUUGUGAUAAUUUCAAUAGCAAAAGUUUGAAUACAAAUUGUAAGAAAAAUGUUCAUCAAAAACAUUUAAAUAAUAAUAGUAUUUUUGAAGACAUGUAUGAUAUAAACGAUAUUAAUUUUUUGUACGAGGAUUAUAUGCAAAUGUCCUCAUACGAAUUGAAUGACAUAUGGUUAAAAAUAUUGUAUAAAUUAUUUUAUCGUAUGCUGAUAUGCUCUAUUUUAUUUAAUUCAUGCUUUUCCUAUACAGUUAUAGAUCGGUUAAAUAUACGAAAUAAAAUAGCUAAGAAAUAUCUUAGAAUAAAAAUUUUAAAAAGUAAUAUUUAUGAUAAUGGUUAUAAUAAUGUUGCUUAUGAUGAAAAUUGGAACCUCAAAAAUAUUGGAAUUAGUAUUAAUAAUUUGUUAAAGGAAGACAAGAAAAAAAUCGUCAAUUAUAUUAAUUAUAUAAAAGGCGAAGAAAGGAAAUUAAUUUAUAUGUCAGCAAACAUUAUAAUAUGUUUAAAUAAUAAUAAUUUUCAUGAUUUUAUGAAUUAUUCUAUUGACGUAUUAUUUAAAUUGACAUUUCAAUAUCCUCAGAUAUUUUUCAUUUUUCAAAUUUUGGGGACAUUAAGAAAUACCAGUAUGUUAACUUGUAAAGUUUCUUUAAAUUACACAAUUUUGAAAUUAAAGAAAAUUUUAAAGCAUAAAAAUAAUUUAAAACCGUUACUAUACUUUAGUAAAAAUGCUCGAAAUAAACAAUUUUGUAAUUUGUCGCGGCAUAAAUUAUUUUAUAAAUUAUAUUCACGCUUCGAUUGUCUAAUAAAUCGGUGCCAUUUAAUUAAUUCCAAUUUAAUUUGUGCUUAUUGCGGUAAGAAAAGCGGGCGUAUUAAUAAAAAACUGAUUAAUAAUAAAUUUUGUGAAGGGUAUAAAAAAAUAAAAAUGUCUAAUAAAAGUUGUAAAUAUGGUAAAAAGGAAACAGAUUCAAUUGAAAAAGAUUGCGCAUAUUGUACGAGCGAUGAAUUUGUUAAUAAAAAAAAUAAUGUAUUUAUUAAUACCAACAUUAUUAAUCGAUAUCCUACAUGUUAUAAUAAUAUUAAUAAACUAAACGUUAAAAAAAAACGAAGAGCUGAAAUAUAUAACUCAGAUAUGGGCAUGUCUAUUGAUUGCUUUGAUUUACAAUUUUUAGACGAUUCUAAAAAUAAAGUAGAACUUAUGAAUAAUUAUUUAUGGAAUAAUUUGAAUUCAUUUAAAGAGUUAAUAUAUCACGAUGGAAAUAUGUUUUUAUGUAAAGAGAAUAAUAGUAUCAAUAAAUUAAAAUUAAUUAAUUCAUGCAACAUAAAAAAGAAAAACAGAAAAAAGGGAUACUUUUUUCAUAAUAUAAAUAAAUGUGAUGUAAUUUACUCGGAAAAGUUUAUAUUAAAGGAUAUUAAUAAGCAUUUUCAAUUACAAAAAGAAAAAAGAGAAUUGAAUACUAAAAAAAAAUUAAUAGAAUUUGGUGAUUAUAGGAAAAGUGGUUUUUUAUCUGAUGGAAAUGAAAAUAUGAUAUAUUCAAGAAACAGAAAUGAGCGCCUAGAGUCUAAUAUAAAAAAUAAUUGUGUUUUAUUAAAUGAUUAUAAUUAUAAAAGUGAAAAGAAUGAUGAAGAUACUAUAGAAAAUCAAUUUAUGAUUAUAACUAAAAGAAAGAACAAGGUUCGUGAUUAUAUAAAGUCGAAUAAUUGCAUAAUGGGAUAUAAUUCAAUUUCUAUGAACGAUACGUUUAAUAAAUAUUUAACUACCAAUGAAUUAAUUAUAAAGAUAUUAUACUUUAUUUUAAAUGUUAUUAAAUAUUAUCCGAAUUAUUACUUUUUUUUUUUACACGAAUUAAAGGAAAUUUCUGAAAUAUGUUAUGAUAUAAUUUCUAAAGACAAUAAAUGUGUUGAAAUUAUUAAUUUAUUAAAAUAUAUUCUUGAAACUGUUUGUUACAUAAACUAUACUAAUUCUAUGAAAAAUAAAAAUGAAUCUACAUCGUCAAUCGAUUCUUUGAAAACAAUUUUUUCUAAUAAUUAUAACAUAAAUUAUAUGGAUGGUAUUAAAUGCGCUAAAUAUGAUCACACUUAUGAGAAAGACAACCAAAAUUGUAAGAAUUUGGAAAGUAGUCUUUUUAUAAAUAAUAUUAUUAAAAGUGUAAAAGAAGAGAAAUGCAAUGAUAAUAACAUAAAAAUAUAUUCUUUAAAUAACCAGGGUAAUCACAAAUUAAAUAUAUAUUCUGGUAAUAAAGAAAGUAUUACCAACCAUAUUAAUGAUAAAAACAAUGAUAAAAUUUUCAAUACAAAUUAUAACAUGUAUAUUUGCAAAAUGGAGAAUAAAGAUAACAUUCAUUGUGAUGUAAAAAAUAAUGAACAUUCAAAUUAUAAAAUAAAAAAAAUUGAUAUAAUUUAUAGUUUUAUUCAAUGGUUUGAAAAAUCAUAUGCUUAUUUACCCAAGUUGUAUAGAAUACUAUUAUGUGAAACAUGUUUGAAUUUACCAAUUUGCAGCUUUUUGAAUGGAUAUUUUGAUUUUUACUUAAAAUGUUUAUUAGUUUGCUUAAAUUCGAAAAGUAUGAUAAUUAUCAAAACGGCAUUAAAAUCGAUAGAAGAAAUUUUAUUUAAUGUUGAUAAUGUUAAAAUAAAGAAUAAUUUGUAUUCUUCUGUUUGCUACAAAAAUAAAAAUGGAACAAAAUUUUACAUUUUUACAUGCUUAAUGAAAUUACUAAGAAAAAAGGGUAAUUUCGAUUUUAGCUUUAAUAAUAUAUAUGAGCAGAAAUAUUAUUUUAAUGAUAUUUUUAGAAACUCAUACAAUAGUAAUAUAUAUUUAGAAGUGGAUUCUGUGUAUAGAAAAAAUAUGUCAUCAGAAGGAGAAAUAAAUAAAUAUUUACAUAAACUAUAUAUGGAAAAUAUAUAUAAAAUUAUAAAAAUAUAUUUUAAUUUUAUUGAUAAUAAUGAAUUAAUUAAAAAUUUUUAUUCAGAUAUGAAUAGAAAGGUGUAUAAAAAAUUUCAUUUUAGAGUCGGCUUUUUCCUAAAAUGGAAAAUAAAAAAUGAAAACCCCAAAAUAAAACAUAUAAAAAAUAGAAUAAAAAUAUGUAAUGAGAAUAAGCUUGAAGUAAAUGCUAAAAAUUGUGUUAAUAAUAAUAGCUAUGACGAAAAUAAUUUAAAUAUCAAAAGAAAGGUUAAUACAUUCCUCGAGGGUAGUGCAGAAAAUAUGUCUAUUGGGUUAGACAAAAUGGAUGAAUCAAAAAAAAUAAGCAAAACGAAUGAAGAAAUAAAUAUUUAUGAAAAAAACAAUAAACGAAAAAAAAUUAGCCAUAGUAAUGGCAAAAUUGGAGGAUUUCUGAAUAAAGAAGGUAAAAAUAGCAUAAGUGUUUUUGAAGUAAAUGGCGGCAAUGCAGAUAGAAAUGCCAAAUGUAUAGGUAAAUGUGAAAAAGGAAAUAAAGACAAUUUAUCAAAGAAUAAUGUCAGCAGUAAUAUAGGUUAUGUAAAAAUAAGUGAUAAUGCUUGUGAAAAUAAUUCGAAUAUGAAUUUAUUUCCCUUAGAUAGUAUAUUUAUGAAUAAUAAUUAUGAUAACAUUAUGGAACACAUUGAUUUAGAAAAAACAAUUGAUUAUUGUUAUAAAGUAUUAAAGCGUAGCAUGAAAAACAAUGGUUUGAAAUAUUUAUAUUAUUAUAAAAAUUGUCAGUUUCAUAUUCCUAAGCAAAAAAUAGUUUUCAAAAAAAAAAACGAAAAUGUAUUAAAAAAAAAUAUAACAAACAAUAAGAAAAAGAAUAAAGAAAAAUUCAUAAUCUUUAAUUUUGAUGAAUUUAGAAAUAGAUUUAAAAGAAAGUUUAAUUAUGAGAAUAUUAAUACAAUAGAAAAUAAUUGUAAGAAGAAAAAAACAAGUGAUGAAAUGAGUAAUUUGCUUGUAUCUGGAAAAGAAAAUAAUCAUAAACAUGUUGUCUGUUCAAAUUUUUGGCGACCAAAACAGCGUGAUAACAAUCCUAAUUUCAAUAUGGAUAAAAUUGGGAUAAAAAGAGAUGAAACAAUAGAAAGAAAAGAUAUUUCAAUUGGAAAUAAUUUAUAUGCAUUAACAAAUAAUAAUGUGGUUGGUGAUAAAUUAAAAAAUGAAAAAAGCGGUUUGAAUUUUCCAAAAAAUGCAAGGGCAAACUUUAUUCGUAAUGACAUAAAUUACUUCGAAAAAUCUGAUGUUUGUUAUAAUUGCAUUCAAAGAGAUCAGCGAAUUAAUUGUUAUAGAAUAAUCAUUACUGUUUUUAUUUUCCUUUUUAAUCAUUCUAUAUGUAUAUCUGAUUUUUAUGAGUAUAUGCUUAAGGUGGGGGCAAUUAAUAACGAUUUUAUGAAUCCUUCAAAGGAGAAAAAGCGUGAUACUAAGUUCGAUACCAACAACAAUGAGGAAAGUGUACCCCUCAAUAACGGUUAUAAUUCUAAAAAUGAUGUGAAUAAAAAUAAUCAAAAUAAUUGCAGAAAAAAUACGAGUAACAAUAGUAAUAAAAAGAAAAAAGCGAUUAACUCUAAAAAUACUGAAGUAUGGAAAGAAGAAAAAAACAGAAUAAAGAAUAAGGAAGAGAACGUUGAUAAAAAUACAGAAGACAAUAAAUUUAAAAAAAAUGCAUAUAUAUCUAGUACAAAGAAAAGGAGAAAAUACUCUUUUGAAUAUUGUACAUGCAAAAAAUAUUUAUAUAAAUGCACAUUUAUAUAUAAGGAUCCUAACAAUAAUUUCAUUAGGAAGAUAAUGUAUUGCUUUUUAGUAAUGUUAGUCGAAAUAAACAUGAAGAGAAACAAAACACAAGGAGAUAAAUUAAAAAAAUGUGAUUCCCAAAGUGCUCAUAGAAAUGAAGAUAUGUCAUUUAUGAAGGUAUGCAUAAGAAACGAAAAAGGGAAAAAAAAGAAAAUAUAUAAAAGGAAUUGUUAUGACGAAAUACGAAAUGAUAAAUUAAGAGAGUUAGUAAAACAUAUUAUUAGAAGGAUGUCUUUAAUAUUAUCAAGUAGAUUCGUUUUAACAAAAAAAAAUAAUAUGGUCUAUAUUAUGGCGCAUAAUAAUGAAUUAGAUAUAUCAUCAUUUAUUUUUACCUUUUGUAAUUUAAUUGAUUAUUGCCCCCGUUUUGUGGAAACAGCAGUACAAGGUCUUUAUUUUAUAGAAAAGGUUUUAAAAAGUUUAUUAAAUGUGCAACCUGUAAAAAUGAAGAAAUUCAUGAAAUAUAAUUUUUUUUCAAAUUUAUGUACAUGCAUAUGUAAUAUUUGUUAUAAUUCAAAAAUAAAAAAAAAAAUAUUUGGGUUAUUAUUAUUACUAAAAGCCAUAAGAAUUUUACACCCAUAUUGGAUUAAAUAUAAUAUAUAUAAUAUUAUACACACUUUACUAAUAUGCUAUGAAAAAUAUAAUUUAAAGUAUCUAAAAAUUAUACAUAUUUUAAUUGAGGAAUGCUUAACAAUGACAUUUGCGUCGUUAUAUAUCGGAUAUGUUGGUGAAAUAAAUGCAUAUAUAUUGAAUAGUUUUUCAUCCUCUGAAAGUAUAUAUGUAGAUGACAUAAACAAUUUAUAUGCAUAUCUAAAUAUGAAAGAAGACAAUAGUUCAAAAAAAUUAAUAUAUUUUAAGGGCUAUACAAUUGAAAAGAUUAAAAAGGACGCAGAAAUUGUUAAAAAUUUUUUUUCAAUGAAUGAAAAAGAAGUAUACAACAAAAAUUGUGUAAUUAAUUGUGAGGGCAUAAAAGACAAACGUGUUUUAAAAAAAAAUGAAUGUUUUUGGUAUAAUUAUGAUGAAAUAUAUACAUGGGAAAUUUUAACAUCAAAAGUAAUAAAUAAAAGAAAUAAAAAAGAUGUUUCAAAAAUGAUGAAGAUAUUAUUUAAUGUAUUAAAAAUGUUUAUGGAUAAUUUGAAUAAAGACGAGUACGACAGAGACUUAAUUAAAAAGGCGUUUAUUAUUGUGUCUAAAGUAUUAAAAACAAGCAUUCGAAAUUUAUUAACAUAUAAAUGUUCGAUUAAAAAUAAUAAAGAUGUAUGUUUAUAUGAUAUAUUUAUGAAGGAUUUUUCUAUUUCAAAUUUUCUAACUUCGUCUUUAAAACGAAAAAUUUGCUAUCUCGAUUUGUAUUGCUUUUUAUUAUCACAAAAACCGUAUAUAAAGUUUGAUUUCGUUAUAAUAGAAAAAUUAAUAGAAAAUAUUAUAAAAAUUAUAGAUUAUUUAAAAAAAAUAGAUGGGAAAAAUAAAUAUUUUACGUAUAUUAUUAAUGGAAAUGUAAUGCAUGUUUCUUCAAAUGAUGAUAUAGAUCUAGACAUACUUGAGAAAGACAUGUUCAAUAUUACGCAUAUGGAGCAAAUAAAUGGCAGUAAUUUAAAAAAUAAUAAUAGUAUUCUCUUUGAUCAUGGCGAUAUAAAUAGUUCCAAUAUAAAAGAUAAAACAGUAAAUCAGUCGCAUGGAAAUAAUACUAAUCUUAAUGAAAAAGAAGAAAAUAUCGAUAUGAAAAAAGUUAUAGAAUUACAAAAUUUGUAUAAAAAAAUUAAGGAAAAUCGUGGCAUUUACAUGAAUAGCAGUGAUAUUAUUAAAAGUCAUUUUUGCUCAUUGAUAGAAUAUGAUGAUGUAAUGAAAAAAUUCCAUAAUAUGGUAUCUAAUAAAACAAUAGAUACUAAAAAUGAUAAAAUGUUAAAAACUUUGAAUGAAUAUAUUAAUAAUGUGAAAGAAAAUAUACUCAAUACGAGCUCUAUUGUAGAUAGUGACAAUAUAGAAAUAAAGCAUGAGGGAUUUAAUUCAUUUUCGUCCUUGUGUUACAAAAAUAAUGUGCGUAUUAUUAAAGGGUAUAAUAAUUUUAGCAAUGAUAAUUUGAAAGGCACACAUAUAAAUCUAGAUAAUGAGGUGAACAAACAUUUAUUAAAUAUUAUGAAUAGUAAUAAGGAUAGUUCUUAUGAAAAAAGUGAAUGCCCAAAACAAUAUCUCAAUCAAGAAAUUGAAACAAAAUGUAUAAAGACAAGUGGUCAAGAUAACAAAAUUGAGAUGAGGGGAGAAAAUGAAAUGAAUCUAAAAAAUUUGACUAUUGAAAUAAAUGGAAAUCAUACAAAUAAUAAGAAUGUAGAAUGUAUUAAUAAUUUAAAUUUAUGUUUUAAGAAAGACGAUGGGUUUUCUUUAGAUGGUAAAGAAUCAUGCAUAAAAAUAUCAAAUAAUAUCAUUAUGGAUAAAAUGGAAGAAAACAUGAUGAGCAAUUUUUUGAAUGAUAAAUUUCAAACGAUCGAUUUUUUAAAAGAUCAAUUUUUAAAAGAAGAGCGCAAUAAUGUUAUAACAUUUUUUUCUUAUUUUAUGACACUUAUAAGAAUUUGUUUUACUCACCCAUCAUAUAAGUAUUUACUUCCUAUUAUGAAUCCAAGAUUAAAUAAGAAAAAGGAAAUAUUAUAUAAUCGUUGUAUUCAUAUAUUAUUAGAUUUUUUAUUUAGCGAUCAAACAUAUUUGUGUAAUAAAGCAGAGGAGACGAUACGUUAUUUAAUACUGGAAAAUGAAUGUGACAAAGAUACAGGGAAAAGUGGACAUUCCAAAAUAGGAAGACCUAAAAAUUUGAAGCGGGAUGUAAUUGAAAAUAAUUUAUUUAACAUUUUUCAAAAGAGUGAUUCAUUGAAAUUUACAUUGAGAAAUUAUGAGAGUAAAAAAUGUUCAAUAAAUAAUUUAUUAAUAAAUAAAAAUGGUAAUAAAGCUAGUGAAAGACAUAAUAAAUUAACGAAUGUGAAUAAAAAUUCAAUAAAUAGAUUAAAAUUAAAUAAAGAUGAUUUUAAAUUAUAUUUGAAAUCAAUUUUAGGGAAUUUGUCGUAUGCUUUAAAACAUAAAUCCUUUAUUUUGAAGAAAAAUUUUAUCAUAGGUCUUAGUAAAAUAUAUUACUUAUUUCCACAUUUAUUUUCCCCUUUUUUAAUGGAAGGGUUUGUUAAAUAUCUUAUUCUAUUUAAAGAUAUUAGUGUAAAUAAUAAAGCAGCAUAUAAUAAUAUAGAUCAUGUUAUAUGUAUUUAUUCAGAAUUUUUUAAGACACUAAAUUUGUCUUAUGAAAAAUAUAAGGAGAUAAUGGAUAUAUUUUUAAAAACUUAUAAUAACUUUAAAAAAGGAAACAUAAAUUUUAUAAAUAAUAUAAUUGAAUUAGACGAGAAUAUGUUAGAGCAUACAAAAAAUAAAACGCUAUCUUGUAAAAAUAAUAUCUCACAGGCUAUAAAUAAUUUAAACACCAGAGAAAAUUCACGGGGUAAUGAAAUUAAUAAUACACAGUUAGAUAACAUUUCUAAUAAUAUAGAAGGAAAAGGAACUAAUAAUACAAAUAAUAAGAAGAAGAAAAAAACAAAUGGCAAUAAAAAAGAUGUAGAUAAUGAAGGAAAAAGGAAAACGAAAAAUAAAGGGAAUAACAAUAACAAUAAAUAUAAUGAAAAUGAUUCCAUAAAACACAAUUAUACUGAUCAAAACAUUUCUAUAAAUGAUAAUGAUAUUGAAUUAAAGAGGGCGUCAUUAUCGAGCCAAUUAAAUAUAAUUGAUGGAUUUGAUACAAAUAAUAUUAAAAACUGUAUUGGAAUAAACUAUUCUUAUAUGCAAAUUUUAUGUUAUUUAUGUUGUAAUAAUUAUGAAAACACAUUUAAAUAUUUUAUGGAAAAUAGACACAAUAAUAUAAUAUUUUCAUCCUUUAUAUCAUUAUUAAAUUUAAAGAUGCUAUCAGAAUUUCGAAAAUAUAUAUUUUUAAAAUUUAAUGUAUUUGGAAAUAUUCUUUUAAAAUAUUUUUCGAGUUUCAAUUCAAAUGAUAUAUUGAUUCAUAUAUUUAAUAUAUUUGUCUUAAAUAUAAAUACUUCAAAAUUGAAUAAAUUAGUUACAUAUGAUCAUGCAAAAAUGAAAUUAUUUGUCGAUAAUAAGUUUCAUGUAAAUUUAGAAAAAAAACAUGGAAAUGAAAAAAGGAAAAAUUAUUGCACCUUUUUAGAAUGUGUCAAGAAUAAUGCUACCAACAGUAAUAGUAAUAAUAAUAAUGAAGAAUGUAAAAAAAACAAUAAAAAAGGUUUAAAUGUGAAAAUGGAGAACAAUAAGGGAGAAGACCCAAAUAAGAAUAUGGAAGAAGAAAUGUUUAUUGAGUACGAUUUGAAUAGCAGCAAAGUAUUGAGCAAUUUAUUUAUUAUUAUAAACAUUGUUCAUGUUAUAUCAAAAUAUGAAGCUUCGUGCAUAUUUUUGAAUUUUUAUAAUCAAAGAAUUCGUAAUAAUGCGAUUAGCAUUAUUGAAAAUUUAUGCUUAUGUAUUAGUUAUAUUAUUAGUGAAUAUAUUUCAUUGAAGAACAACAAUUUUGUCUUAUUUUUAAACAAUUCUGAAUGUAGAAAAUGCAUUAAGAUAUUUAUAAUUUUUUUAAAAUUUUCAAAAUAUUUUCAUAAAUAUAUAGAAACAGAUUUUUGCAACCGAAAAAAACAUAAUGAAGAAAUGGAGAAUUGGUUUAAAGAAUUAGAACGGCGAAGUAAAUUGUAUAAAGGUGUUAACAACAGUAAAAGCAACAAUUGCAAUAAUAAUAUAAUGGAUAUAAUUGGGCAUAAUGAUUAUCUUUUUUAUUUGAGAACUAAUAUAUUUAUAGUACUAAUUUUUAUAGUAUCGAUGAGCAAAAAUAUAGAUUAUAGUUAUACAAUUGAAUUUAUUAAAAAAUAUGUAAAGAGGAAUUUAAAGUAUCGAGAAAAGAGAUAUUUAUUUUUUUCUAUUAUUCGUAUUUUAAAUCGUUUUAAAAUGAAGAUUUUAAAUAGAUUUUAUGAAAUUUCAUUAAGAUACAUAAUUAUUCCAUUAUUAAAGAAUUAUAUUAAAAAGCAAGAAAAUAAAAAAUACAUAACUUAUACAGAAAAUAGCCUGAAUUUGGAAAAUGAUGCAUUUUUAAUUGAUGAUAAAAUUUUUAUUAAUUUAUUGUCUAAAUCAUUUUUGAGAUCAGAUAUUAACUAUACUCAAGAUAUGAAUCGCAAAUCAAGUUUGAGUAACAAUAAGAAUUAUACUUCGACUUUUAGAAGCAUCAUUAAAAAUAACGACGAAUAUAAUAAAAAUAAUUUUAAUUUUUCAUCGCAAUGCUCAAUUUGUAAGAGAAUUACAGUAAGUAAUAAUAUUAGCUGCAAUGAUAUGCUUAUUAAUUGCGACAAUGGGGGAAGCAAAAUGUUUAUUAAUGUUACUGAAGAUGCCCAUGAGAAUACGAAUAGAAAUUGUCGACGAAAUGAAGGAGACAAAAAUGAAACGAUUAAUAAUGCUUAUGGAUAUUUACCACUUAAUGAUGAUAUGAAUAAUAUGGGAAGCACAAUAAGAAUGAACAAUAUGAUGAAUUCGAAUGUUUUGAAAAAUAAAAGAAAUGGAAAAUAUAUACAUCAUUUAGACGAUUAUGAAAGUAAUGAUAAAGGUCCUAAGAAUUAUUGUCUAUUUUAUACUUCAAUUCAUAGAGGAAAAUAUAAUAUGAUGCAAUACCCUUUUUAUAAGAAUGAUUUAUUUCUUAAUACGCGAGAAAUUUUUUACAUUUUAAUAUCGUUGCUAAAUUGUUCUAAUAGCAUUGAAGUAAUUGCUAAUAAAUUAAUUGUGUGUAAUGUAAUUAUAGAUAUUGUAAGAAGAUUAAGCUCAAAAAUGGGGAAAAAAAAAUUAUUUAUUUGCCUUAAAAAUUUUAAUAUAAUGUUUUUACAACAUCAUAAUGAAUAUAUAAAACAGUUAAGUAUAUAUAACAUAAUAAGUAUUUACAGGUAUGGAUUUAGAAACAGGGUAAAUGAUUUGAAAUAUAUAUUCGAGUUAUUAUUUAAAUAUAAAUAUGAAGAAGAUAAUUAUUUUCUAAGGAGAAAUUUCGAACAAUUGAUAAGUUUAUUUGGUUUAGUCCGUUUAGAAAAUAAUAAAGUUUCGAUGAAAAAUAUAAUUUGGCAUUAUUAUUCAAAGAAGCGUUGUUUUUACAUGAAAAAUUUUAAUCAGGAUAUUACUUAUAUCAUUGGUGACGAAAACAAUGAUAUUUCCUGGUGCUAUCAUAAUUUAAGAAAUAUAAAUUGUUUUUUCAAUUAUAAAAAUUAUAUUACGGAAUAUUUCAAGAAGGGUAAAAAUCCUUUCGAAAAAAUGCAUAUAAUAAUAACGGUUUUAAAGAACAAUUAUGUCUUUUUCAAUGAUUGCCCAUAUAUUAUAGCGUCUAUGCUAAAACAUCUUAAAAAAUUUGCAAAGCAUGCUAACUAUAAAAAAAAUGGUGAUUUGUUAAUAUUAUGUUUGAAGAGUAUAUCUACUUUUAUAAAAUUUAAUAUUUUUUGUAAUUGUGUUCAUGAUAUGUUUAAUUUGAAAAAUGGCCAAGUGGUUAUAAAAAAGUUUGAAGUUAUGUCAAAUUUGGGGGAAGUGGAUACGAAAAGAUACGAAAGUAGCUUAAAGGAGUGUACCUGCAAAUAUAUUGAUAAUGGUAAUUAUUUUGGAAAUUCAGAAGGAAUACAUAUAAAUUCAUUUAACAAUGACAAUAGAAAUUGUUCUGUCUAUUAUAAGGGCGAAAAUUUAAAAAAGACGAAAAUAUUUGAUGAAAUAAAACAUAUCAUGUAUAAUUAUUAUUAUCAAAAUAAAAAUGAUAGCAUGAGAAAUAUAUUUUUGAUCGGAAUUGUAAAUAUAAUUAAAAAAUACAAAUAUGUUUAUAUAAACUUAAAUAUAUUGAAUUUGAUAGCAAAUUUAAUAGUUUCUACUCUAUUACAAUGGCAGUACGACGUAUCUCUAAAUAAUAUAGUGAAAGAAAUCCUCAUUAUUUUUGACGAUAUAUUAAGAAUGAAAAACAAUACAAAGCUAAAAUAUUUAAAUAUGUAUAAAAAAUUGCUUUACUUUUUUUUCAUUAAGUGUGCUAAUAAGGAACUACUGACGCCGAGCACAUCACAAUGUUUCAAUAUGAGUAAUUUAACUAACGGAAACCAAAAUUAUAAUAGUAGUAUAUUAAAUGAUUUAGUUUUUAAUAUAAAUCUUUUUGAAUCAAAAUAUGAUAAGAAUGAAAUGAGAAAAAUGGAACUUGAAGCGAUUAUAAUGAAAGAGAUUGAAAAGGAUAAUAGCUAUCAAAAUGGUCAAUAUAAAAUUUCAGAUAGUAAUUUAUACACGCAUGGGAAGAAUGAAAAUAGUAAUUUGAGAAAAGACAAUUUUAAUAAAUUAACAUAUAAAGACAAAUUGUUACGUUUUAGUUUAAAUGACGAAAAUAAAAACAACGACAAAAAUGAUAAGCAUAUUGAUAAUGACAAUAAAAGAUAUAGUAAUAGUAGGCAUGCUGACGAUGCUGAAGAUACUAUGUGCUCAAUUAAAAAUUUAGAAAUGGGCAAUAACCCAGAAAAUGGGGCAUUAAACAAGGAAAUAUUUAUAAACAAAAAUAAAACUACUAUAGAAAAUGAGGUGUGUAAUGACAUUAGUAGUAUAAAUAAACUGAAUAAGUUUUACGAAAAGAUAAACAACGAAUAUAAUAAGAAAUAUAUAGUCGAAAUGAUCUAUAUGAUACUAAAAGUGGCAUUUAAAUAUGCGAGUAAAAAUAAUAUUUGCAAAAAAUUAAAUAUUUUUUGUUCUUUUUUUUUUCUUUUAAUUAACUGUAAUGACAUGAAUAUUGAAAAGAAUGUUAUUUUACUCAUUAAUCAUUUAAUAUUAAAACAUAAGUUAUUUUUACCAAAUUUGAGAAAUAUAUUAGAUAAGAAUUAUAUUCAGGAUAAAUGGGUAAAUAAAAGUUUUUUUUCAUAUUUAUUAUUUGAUAAUAACUUUGUAAAGGAACACAAUUAUGAAGAAAACAUAAAACUUUUGUAUGAAAUGCUUAUUAGCUUAUGUAUUAAAGGAAUGAAUGAAUAUAAAUGUAGAGAUAAUACAUUUUACAUGAAUAAAUGUUUACACAUUAAAAUAAAAUUAGAAACCUCGAUAUUGAUAUUCUGGUUUUUUAUACAAUUAUAUAAUAGUUUUUCAUCAGAGAAUAAUUAUAAAGAAUUAAUUAAGUUUUUAUUAACGGAAUAUUUUGGAAAUUUAAAAAAUAUUUCAAGUUACUGUUUUAGAAAAAAUAAAUUCCGAAUUUUAAAAGAACUAAUAUUUUUGAUGAAUAAUAAUUUGUAUUUAUUAGACAAAAAAAAAAUCCUCUAUUUUUUUAAAACCAUACUUAAACUCUUACAUAUGGAAAGAAAGCGCGACUCUAAUUUUGAUUUAUUUAUAUUAAAAGUUAUUCAACAAAAUGUUCUAAACAAGUCUACACAUUGGAAUAGCAACAUUAUUGGAAAAUAUUAUGAUAGUACUUUCGGUUAUUCGUCAGAUUUCUAUUUGGAUUAUUCCCAUUUCUUGAAAUUAUAUGAAGAAAAUUGUGAUGUAUACAAAAUAUGUAAUAAAAAAAUCGAAAUUAAAAAUAAAAUCGAAAAAUAUUUUAGCAAUAAGAAAGGAUGUAAAAUCAAUGUUAAUAAAUAUAUAAAGUAUAUAAAUAAUUUAAGGAAUAAGAAUGCUAAUUUUGUUGGUUAUUAUUAUAAUUUAGGAAGAUGGAAUGGCCAAUCUCUUUCAAAGAAUAGAAUAAUAUAUGAUAAAAUUUUUAAAUUGAAUUUUCGAAAAAAUUUAAUCCAUAAAAAAUUGAAUAAUAUGAAUAUUAGUGAUGAAAUAUGUAAUAUGCUACUAAAAAAAAAUGGAAAUAGUAAUAGUUCUACAUGCUAUAACGGUGAUGCUAAUAAUAGUUUGAGUAAUGCUUACUGUUUUGGAAGUAAAUUACAAAUAUUCAUUGAUAAGAAAAUGCAAAAAAUUGUAAAAGAUGAUAUAAAAAAGAGAAAUAUUUUUUCUAAAUUGUAUAUUGGAAAUGUAGUAGAAGACGCUUUAUUUAAUGAUAUACUUUUGUGCAGGAAAAAGAAGAAGCUUAAGGAGAUAUUUUGUAUGAAAAAUAAAAAUGAUUAUAAUAGUAAUGUGGGAGAAAAUGAAAAUUUAUCAAUUGAAGAAAUGGCACAUAUAAUUAGCAAAUUAAUUUUAUUCGAUUAUUCUGAGGAUUAUUAUAGUUACGUGAAAUAUUAUGAUAUAUUACUAUAUUUUAUUAGGUGUGUAAAAAGUCAAUAUUCUGAAAAGUAUGAUUUAAUAUAUUUAAAAAAUAAAAUUUUUUCUAAACUUUUACCUAAUAUUUUAAGGGGAACAUUUUCUUUUUUACCAAACGUCCAACAUGCAUGCAUCCAAAUUUUUCAGAAAAUAUUUUUGUCUAACGAUUUUUUUCAAACAAUAUGCAUAUUAUUUAAGGAUGACUAUUUUAAGUAUAUUAUAGACAAAUAUUUUAUAUCGCUUUUUGUGCGCAUAUUCUUUUCGUUUUUUAAGCAUAACAUUGAUAUGCAUUUAUGCUUGAAAAAUAAAACUCAAGGAUUAAUUCCACAUUUGUGUAGGCAUAGAUAUUGGAAAAAAGGGAAAGAAGUACAUGAUACAAAUUUAACAUUAUAUAAUAGAAAAUUAAAUAAGGGGAAAAGAAACAAUAUAAAUAAAAAUGAUAGAUCUAAAAUCGAAGAUUGUAAAAAAUUGAGAAAAAAAAAUUUUAAAAUAUACAAUUCAAAAUUUCAUGAUUGGAAAUGCUAUUUAAAAAAAUACUGCAAUGAGCAAGAAAAUUUUAUAGAUAAAUGCAAAUACAAAUUAAUUAAAUCUAAAUAUUUAUUUCAACCAAUUUUAUGUUUGGUAAAUAUUUUUAAGGAAUAUUGCAAAGGUAUAUGGAUAGAUAUAUUUUCUCAAUUGUUCAAUUAUUUAAACUAUGAACAGAUUAAUUGUUUAAAUUUUUGUGUUGUGCGUUUUUUGUAUAACUAUAUUAAUAUAUAUGAGAUGAAUGGAAAUAAUGAUAAUGUGAAAAGGUUUAUAUACGCAGAUGAAAAAACAUCGACAAGAAAUAGCAUUUAUCGGAAAAAUGUUUAUAAAAAUGAAUACAAUAUUAACGUUUUAGAAACGAUGUUAAUAUGCAUAUUUAAAGCUAAUAUUUGGCCAUAUGUUCCACCAGAACUUAUAUUUUAUUGCUCAAGCAAAUUUUGUGCAUUCGAAGUUUCGAAAUAUAUGUUACAAGCUUUACUAUUUUAUAAUUUGAAAAAAAUAAAAGAGGCUCAAUGCAGAAAUGAAACCAGUGAUGUUGUUACUACAACAGACCAAGUAAAUACAUAUAUGUCUAUUAAUAAAAAUAAUCAUACAUUAUGUAAUAAUGAUAUGAACAAAUUAUUAGACAAACAAGAGAAUGUAAUAAAUAUGUUAAAAGCAAAAAAAGUUAAUUCAUUUGAAAAAGUAAAUAGUAAUAAUAUAUGCUCAUUACAGCUUGUUAAAAAUAAUUACAAACAAACUCUUAAUUAUUUAAUCGAAAUAAGCAGACAAUUAAAUGACCGAGAUAGUGUUUAUGCAUUAUAUCAAUUAUAUAUUAAUAAUAAUGAAUUUUCAAAAUCGCUAUUUUACAAUCAUUAUAAUCUUUAUCAUAAAAAUGAAUCUAAUUAUAUGAAGAAUUUUAUGAAAUACGAAAAUUUAGAAUUAACUAAUGAAGAACUAAAUAUAAAUAAAAAAAAUUGGAUCGAAAAACUAAAUUAUUUUAACAAUGUAUCUACUAUUUCUGAGUAUAUGGAAUUAAUGAAUUUCAAAAAAGAGAAGGCGUCUAAUGACAUGAAGAAAUAUAUUAAAUUUGGUAAUUCAGAAUAUUGUUUAGAAACGGAAAAGGGUAAUGAUACAAUGCUUUUAAAUACAAAUUAUGAAAGUUUAAGAUGUGAAUAUUUAAAGCGAUUAAAUAAUGUAUAUUCAAUAAUAAGCGAUAAUUUGAUAAGUAUAAAUGAGGAUAAAGAUUACGAAAUGGCAAUUAAUGAUAUUAAUUUUUCAAAUGGAGAGAAUAACUUUUUGAAUGAAAAAAUGAGAAAUAAACAAAUUAUUGAUGAAAUUGAAUUAAAAAAAAAAAUAGAAUAUAGACAAAAUUUUGAAAAUGUUCAAACUAAUACUUUGAAAGAAAAAAUUGGAAAUUCGAAUAUGAUAAAAAAUAAUAAUGGCAAUAAAAGAAAACAUCGAAAAAACAGUUUAAGUAUGGGAAUACCAAAUAAAAAGGAGGAUACAAAAAUUCAAGCAACUACUCAUAAAUAUUUUAGAACUAAAAAGGAUAUUGAAGAAGUAGUAAUUGAUAAAAACAAUUUAAUAAAGAAAAAGAUGGACAAUUUUAACGGAAAUAUGAGCAUUCAUAAGAAUUGUAGUUAUUCAGUAAAAUAUGAUAAAAAUAGUAUCUGUAACCAUGUUGAGGGUGAAAAAAUAUAUAAAGAUAUUAAUAUUGAUAAUAAUAGGAGCAUAAACAAUUUAAAAUUACCUAAUGAGUUAAAUUGUAUGGAUAAAAAUGAUAAUAUAGAAGAUAUUUCAAAUAUGUAUCUAAAUAAAAUAGCUUAUAUGUUGAAAAAGAAAAAAGAAAUAAUUAUAGAAAAUACAUAUACUAAUAACAAUAAUUAUUGGGAUGAUGGAUUUUUAAAAAAUGGGAAUGAACAUUGUGAAAAUAAGUUGGACAUAAAAAAUGUUUUAAUAAAUAAUGACAAUGAUGAAAAUAAUAGUAAGGCCUUUAUUAUUAAGAAAUUUAAAUUUGAUUUAAAAAAAAAAGAUAUAAAAAUGGUGAAGGAUAAUAUAAAUAGUGGUAUUGAAUUAUUACUAAAUAAUGUGAGACAAUUAUUUAAUUAUAAAAGUGCUGAUUUGAAUACUUUAUUAUUGCAUGCACAAUUAUUUGAACAAACAGAAAUGAGCAUAAAAAUUAUUGGAGAGAAAUCUUUAAGAGCUAAACAAAAUAAAAGAAAAGAAAAUGAAUGUAACAUGUUAAGAUUUUUAACUCAACUUUACAGCUUGUGUGAUACUUGGAAUAAAGAUAAAUAUGUGUAUUACUAUGAUGAUAUACAAAAAAUAAAAUACAUUUACAAAUGGGAAUUUCUCUUUUUAAAAUUAUGUAAGGCGUUUAUAGAAGAGCAAAACUCUUCAUUAUAUAUUUCCAGUAAUAUAUAUAAAGAGCAAUUUUGUGGUGAAAACGAAAUUAACUCUCAUCGUAUUUUAAACUCAAUUGCAGAAAUGAGGAAAAUGAAUAAUAUGACAUAUGAUUAUUUUUAUAAAUUAUAUGAAAAUUUUGCACCCAAUUCUACUUCCACACCUACAAUCUUAACUUCUAAUAUCAAUUUUGCUAUGUGUACUAAUAAUAGUGCAUCUAAUAAUGAUAAUGUUUUCCAUAGAACUAGCAAUCAUUUGUAUAAUAUAGAAAUAAUAAAAUUGAAUUUAAAAAAAUUGCUUAAAAGUAGCAGUUCGAAUAAGCAUACACCAAAUAAUAAUAUUUUAGAAAAUUGCAUUUCAAUACGUGAAGAUUUUCAGUUAAAUAAUAACCAAAAAAUGUAUUCCAAUGGAAAUGAUAAGAAGGAAAUAAUUUGUCAUGGCAAACAUCUAUUAUAUAUAAAAAAUAUGGAAAAUGAAUGCUUUAAUACAUGUAUUAAUCUAAAAAAAAUCGGACGAAAUAAUUUUGUUCUUAAAGUUGUAAAGAAAAUAAAAUGUUAUAUAAGUUCAUUAAAUUUGAUAAACACAUUUGAUUUCAAUUCAUUGCCAAUGAUUGGAUAUGAAAAUUACAAAAGCCAGUUAUUUUUUAUGAAAGGAAAAAUUUUGUGCAAUUUAAAUAAGCUUAUCAUAUUUUUGCAUAAAAAUAAUUUCAUAGAAAAUAAUCGAAAGAUAACCUUUAACAACUGCAAAGACACAUCAAAAAGUAUAUUAAAAUAUGGAGAAACUGAGGGAAUUGCUUCCCCUGAUAUAUUUGAAGAACAUAUUUGCCAGACUAGUGCGAAUAAUAAUUUAAAUCUCGAAAUAAAUCGAAAUAUGUCUGUUUUAAUAAAUGACAUUAAUAAAAAGGCAUCAAUUGGGAAUCCAAGAAAAAGGAAAACAACGAAAAACAACACAAAUAAUUCAUCCAUUAAAAAGAAUGAAAAUGGUGAAAAAGAGGAUGUAGAAAUAAACAAAAUAGAAGCAUGUAACAAAAAUAUGGAUUUUGAUGAUAAAAAAAAAAGUAAAAAUAGAACAAGAAAUAAAGAAGCAAAUAAUAGCAACAAUAAUAUUAUUAUGGAUAAUACCAUGAUAUUUUAUGAAAGUAAAUAUAAUAAUAAUGGCUAUUCUAAAUGUAAUAAUAAAAAAAAUAAUAUGUUUGAUACAAAUUUAAUUGAAGAUUGCUUUCUUACGUCUUUGAAAGUUAAUUCAAUAAGUAAUGAAUCGUGGAUUGUCUGGGCAGAUUAUUGUAAUAAAAUGUUUAAGGAAUAUAAAAAUAUAUCAUUUGGAAUUAGCUCAGUAAUAUCGUAUUUAAUAUAUUCUAGUUUAAAUACAAAUAAAGGUUUUUAUUAUUUAAGUAAUGUAUUUUAUUUGUUAAAUUAUGAUGAUAAUGAAAAUUCGAUGAUGAAAAUUUUUAAUAAAUAUAACAAUAACAUUUCUUCACAUGUAUGGCUAUUUUAUCUCCCCUUUUUACUAAACAAUGUGAAUAUUGAUAGUAGUAACUAUUUAUAUUUUCACAAAAUAUUUUAUCUCUUGAUUCGCGAAUUUCCUCAAGAUAUAUUUUAUAGCCUUAGAGCGUUUUAUAUCGAUAGAAAAAAAUCAUCAGAUUAUAUUAAGAGUGGGUAUGCUGAUAAUGGCGUUUCUACGAAUCUCUGGAAUCAGAAUGAAAAAUCGAAUGAAAAAAAAACUGUGGAUAAUCUUCAAAGGAAUGAUAUUAGUGAUACUAAUUUAGUAAGUAAAAAUAAUAGAAUAAAAGCUGAAAAUAUGGAUAUAAUUAGUAAUAAAGGAAACUUAGACAUGGAGAAUAAGUUGAGUUCCAGGAACCAUGACAUGAAUAUUAUGCAAAUAAACAAGAACAAUUUGGUUAGAGAAGAAAAUGUAAAUUUCACAAAGAGCAAUGAAAAGAAUAACGUGAUUGGAGUAAAUUUUGUGAAAAAAGAAAACUCGCACCAUGAUGAAAAUAAAAGUUGUAAUGAAUAUGAUAGCAUAAAUGUGAAUAAUUGCGAUGAUGUUGUAAAUCCUAUGGAUGUUCAAAAAGUAAAAAUUCGAAAGAAGAAUGCUAAAAUUAAUAAAAUUAAAUCCAUGCCCUUGGAAAUUGAAAAAAUAGAAAAUAAUGUAAAGAAAAAAAAUGAGAAAAAUAUUAGUAAUUUACUAAAUAAUUCAUAUAAUGCUAAUGAAAAAGACACAAAAUAUUCUAGAGUUUUUAAAGAUGGACUAGAACAAAUAAUGUAUGUAUUUAAGAACAUGCAAUCAGAUGUAUAUUUAUCUUUGGAUUAUAUGUGCAAUGAGAUAUUAAAAUAUACAAAAUUUCAAGCACAUGAAAAAUUACAUUAUUUAGUAAAUAAGAUGUUGAAUCAAUGUAUAAAUUUUUCAUUUUCGAAAAUUCAUAUAUCUAAAUUCAUUCAGAAUUUUACAGAAAACAAUAUUAUAUAUAAAAUAUAUAAAUCUAAAUUAAAAUCAAAUCGUACAUAUAGUAAAAAAUAUAGUAAUAUUAUUAGAAUUAUGAAACAGUUUUGGAAAGAAUAUAAAAAGGACAUGAAGUAUUUAAAGGAAAAGGGACGAUUAAAAAAUUUAAUUGAAGCAAAAAAUGAUAAAGCAAUAAAUUCAAAUAUUAUAAAUGAAUGUGAAAAACCCGAGAAUGAAUGUGGUGAUAUUAAAAGUAAUAUCAAAAAAAUGGAUGAUUACUUUCUAUUAUUUGAAUUUACGAAAAUUGUAAAAAAAUGGAAAGAUAUACUUUUUGUUAUUAUUUACUCUUUAAAAGAAAGUCCCAAACUUCCAUAUUUUUCACACUCCUUUUGUGACAUGUUUUCCAAAUUUCCAAUAAAAAUUGAAAUGCCAGGGUUACGAUUAAAAUACAUUGGAGAAUAUUUAAAUUAUAAUUAUAACUUUAAUACAUAUACCCCAUCGUACAUUAUUAAAUUAACUUUGCCUACGUUUUUUACAAUUCGAAAUAAUUUAUGUUUGAAUAAAAUAAAUUUUUUAACAAAUGAUGGAAAUGCAUACCAUUAUACUAUAUAUCCAUGUAAUUUUAUUCAAUCUAAAUCAGAAUAUAAAUACACAUUGUUUCAAAUUUUGUUAAAUAAUAUAAUGUAUAAAUUUCUAGAAACACAAAAAAGAGGUUUAUCUCUAAGAGUGAACAUUAACACAAUGUUGCAUCCUUUUUAUAAAUUAGUGGAAGAUACUAUGGAAUAUAUAACGUUGAAAGAGCUUUAUAAUGACUAUGUGCUAAUGAAUAAAAAUGAAAAAUAUUUGAUAGAUAAUGUGGUGUUAUAUCAUAGAAAGUUGAUUAAAGAUUCUAUAUCAAAAUUUGUGAAAGACAAAAUUAAAUUUAUUAAAAGUACAAAGGAAAACGAAACUAAAGUGGAGAUAAAUAUUAAAUCUGGCGAAUCUAAUAAUAAGAACAAUGUGAUAUUAGAAGAUGGUUUGACAAAAGAUGCAAACAUAGAAGGCAGUAUUUCGAAAGAACAAUUUGGCGACUAUAAUAAUAAUGAAAUAGUAGAGGAAAUCGGUAUGAGAAGGAUUGACAAUGCAUGUGAGAAAAAUGCUUUAAAUACUUCGAUAAAUUUAUCAAUUGAUUAUAACUCAAUGGUAUUUGAAAAAUUAAUACAUAUUUUAAACGAAAAUGAAUGGUUUCGUAAAUUUAUUAAAAAUGCUGAGAAGAGAAGCUUAAAAAUACAUUAUAAAGAUAUUUCUAAAAUUGUACCAAAAAGUAUAAUGAAAGAUUACUUUUAUUCUCUUCAUAACAAUUUAGAAAGCUAUUAUAUAUUAAAUGAUAAUUUUGUUAAAAAUUAUUCCAUUUUGUGCAUGUUAAAUUAUGUAUUCCUACAAUCUGACAUUUCAUUAGAUAAUAUUUUGAUCUCAAAAUAUUCAGGAAGUACAAUGUAUUUAUAUGGAUUUCCUAGUUACAUGAAAUCGGGAAAAUACAAAGCUAAGAAAAGAAAAAAGGUUCAUGAUAUAAUCCCAUUUCGAUUAACCGCAAACAUUCAAGAGUUCAUAGGUUUCCAAGGAUUAAAAGGAUCGUUCCCAUUAAAUUUCUAUGCAUCAAUUAUGGCAAUUAAAAAAAAUUGGAAUUAUAUUGAAAGUUUCUUAAAGCAAACAAUUUAUGAUGAUUUUUGUUCUUUAUAUAUGAAUAAAAAAAAACACAUGACGAGACGGAGUGAUACAAUAAUAAGCACAUGUAUGAAUAUGUUUAAAAUAGAUAAGUUAGAAAAAAAUAAAAUAUUAACUAACUCAGAAAAUUGUGCCAAUGAUAUGUUUUAUCGAAUGUUAUUUUUAUAUAAUAAUAAACUAGAAAAAAUGAAUAACAAAAGUUGUUCUAAAAAAGAUGUUAUACAUAGAAAACAAGUUAUGGAAAAUUUAUAUGAACAUUAUUCAGAUGUACACGAUGUGUCUCUAUCUGAAUUAUCAUCCGAUGAAAAUAUGGAAAAUACGAAAUUGAGAAAAGGGAAAAACAGAAAAAAUUAUGAAAAAGACAUUCAAAAUAAGAAAGAAAAUGCAAAGGUAUCAGUAAAUAAAGAAGAUAAUCAAGAUGAAAAGUACAUAUGUGACAAUAAUAAUAUAGAGCCUGAGGUGAAAUUUAAAAAAAGGAAAAUACAUGUCGCUAAAAAUAAUGAAAAUAAAGACGAUGAAUAUGAUGUCCAAAAAGAAAUUGAUAAGCCUAAUAAUGGUAGAAAAAAAAAACGAAAAAAUAAAAACGAAGCUACUAUUGAUAGCGUACAAGAAAACCUGAAAGAAAGCACAACUGGAGAAUUGGUAAAUGAAAGUGCUAGAGAAAAUGUUAAUGUAAAUACAAAUAAUGAUAAGGAAGAAAAUCAUAAUAAUAAAACGAAGAAAAAUAAUGAAAAAAAUCCACAAAAAAGAAAUACUAACAUUCGAAUUAAAGGAAAUAAUGUAAAGUCAGGCGAAAAAGGAAAAUCUUCAAGAUUAAUAAAUAAAAUAAAUGCUAAAGGUAUAAAUGAAGAAAAUAUAUUAAGUGAAAACAAAGAAAAAAUAAAAAACAUAAGCCAAUACAACAAAUCUAUAGUAGAUCUAAUAGAGUUGUCAAUGGACAGAAAAUAUUUACGACAAACAAAAAGUACGUGGUUUCCUUGGUUUUGA